AUGGCGACGCAGCGCCAGGCAGUACCUCAGCAUGAAUGGGAACAGCGCCACACGCAGGCGCUGCGGGACACGGCAGAGUCUCUGCAACUGGGGAGGGCCACAGCACACACCCUCAGCAUGCAGGCCGAACAGCUCGGCCGAAGCGAGGGCAUGGUAGACGAGACCCAGGCGACUGUGGACAUGUCCAAGCGAGUUCUCCGCGGGAUGACGUGGUCUGGCUGGUUCUACAACAAACUCUCAACAACGCCGCAGCUUUCAAACAGUAAAGAAAUUGCCAUGGGGUUUAUUUGUCCAGAAUGCAAGGUCAAGUUCCAAUCUGCUGAGCAACUGGGAACGCACUACGGCAAUUCCUACGAAGACGUCCAUGAUAAAUUUCUUCGCGACUUGGUGCCGCAACUGACCGAGCUGAAGCAACAGUCGCUGGCAUUGGGGAGUGCGCUGGACACGCAGAACGAGCAGUUGGGUCGAUUGGACUCGAAAAUUGGGCGUGUUCACCACGACAUGAAGAAAGUGGGGAUCCAAGCCAACAAGAUCAUGGGAAAGAAAGCCCCCGUGGUGUUCCGCUUCCGUUGUGCAUUCCAAGAGGCCCAAAGCAGAAGAUUUCUGCGUGAUGUGGACGGAGAGGCUCUGCUGAGUGCCGAUGUUGUUGUAGAUGGCUGUACAUUUCGUGCGUACACUCUGGGCGAUGACAGCGAUGUGUGGGGGUUCCAAAGUGAAAAGUCGAGUAACUUUUUGGGUGUCAACCGAUACGGGAACUUGAAAGUACAAGGAGCAGAUUUCAACUCGUACGAACAUUUUCUCGUGGAAUCCAAGGCCAGCACACCGCUGUUCUGUUUAUCCAGCUACUUUGGACUUGGCGGCUGGGUGACCAGCAAAGAACCCUUAAGUGACAGCAAGCUCAGCAUCAUCCGUGGCACACCCGAGAACAAACCAGCAGCAGCUCGCUUCAGAGUCGUAAACUUGGAGGAUGGAAUCCAUGACGCACCAAGGUGA